UUUCCUACCAUCUCUACCUCCUCUACAGAUACCUAUGUCUUCCCCACACCACCGUCUUCGGCUUCGAGAACAAUGACAAGCGAGCUUGGGUCGAGAAAGUCGUCCAGGCAAGAAAAUGGUGUUCUUACUGAUGGUACAAGGAUUUGCGCACUCAAGAAAGUUUGAGCUGGAUCGAGGCGAAGCUGUAAGUCAGGUGGACUUACGGUUGGUUGACAGGCAGGGUCCUGUGGUGGAAUGGUGGUGUUGUCUGAGUAUGCAAAACAAUCGGAAAACUGCCUCGGACAUCUCUUGUUAUGGCAGCCACGCAUUGCCCCUUCAACAAGAAGGAUGGCGCUAGCCUGUCAGUUGCGCGGGGUUGUGCCUGGUUGUUUCCCAAAUUUGAGGUUGCAGCAUCCUCCAGUAUUGUGGCUACGCCUUUGCUCUUUGGUCUUAGCCUUUUGUCCUUCGUUCUCACAGACCGCACCAUUUUUGACGAAGGGGCGAUGCGUGCCCUCCACGACAAGAGAGUUUCUGAUUGUUUAGCAGGCUCACACAACAGUUGUUCCAUUGCUGGAGCCGCGCGCCUGUCAAGCAACCAUCCACGUACGUCGACCGCAGCACUUUGUCUCGAUCCAAUUCGGACUUUCUUGAGAAUGGAAAACAAAGACAACGCUCUCACAGUCCUCGGAUCAAACACCUCGGCUGCAACUUUCUUGGCGUCAGUUUCCCUAACCCUGAGCUCCCUCAUCGGCGCAUGGAUCGCAAACAACUCCAACAUCUUCCGAAGCUCCAUCAUCUACGGUGACACCAGGCCCUCCACCAUGUCCAUCAAGUUCAUAAGCCUCUUGAUCUGCUUCAUCCUCGCGUUCUCGUGCUUCGUCCAGUCGGCCAGAUGCUUCAUCCACGCCAACUAUCUGGUCAGCAUUUCAGACAGCAACAUACCCAUCAACUACGUCGAGCUGCCAGUCAUAAGGGGCGGCGAGUUCUGGUCGCUUGGGCUCAGAGCCCUUUACUUCGCCAUUGAUUUGUUGCUGUGGUUCUUCGGUCCCAUUCCCAUGUUCGCCACCUCCGUCGCCAUGGUGGUGCUCCUCUACUACCUCGACACCAACACCACGCCUCUGCACAACCACCGCCGCCUGCCGGCCGGGAAGCCGGCGGUUGGCCUGUGAAGUGAAUCGAAUCGCGUAUGCGUUGAGAAAGCAAACGUGUAUGCGAAGGAUCCUGACGCCUUUCUUGGAAGCAAUAUGAAAUUAAUAAGCAGAAUUUUUAUGAAAUUUCGUAUAUAGUAGAUUAUGUCACACGUUAAUAUUUU